UUUAUUUCACACAAUCGAAAGCAGCAUUUUUCAUUACGUACAUUGAAGAAGGUACUUCGUAUUCGAAGCCAAAUCCAUAAGAAAGUCGACACAUUUGGGCUUCUUGUGCAGCAGCAAAGAGUGCUUCUAUCAGUUUUCUUGAAAACACCCUGGAUUUUCUUCACUGUUCUUGGAAUUAUCAUGAUUGUGUCCUUUGGCAUCAUAAUAUGGGUUUUUACCCAACUGGAGAAGCUAUCAAGGAACAAGGAACUUUCUGGUUUAAAUAAAGGAUUGGGGCUUCCAAAAAGGUUUCUACAUGAAGAACUUUUACUGGCAACGGAUAAUUUCAGCUCAAUUGUGGGCCAGGGAGGAUCAGGGUGUGUCUAUAGAGGAAUGCUGAAGGAUGGGACUUGUGUUGCUGUAAAGCGGAUUGAAGGUCAGGAACGGGGAGAGAGGGAAUUCAGAGCUGAAGUGGCGACAAUUGGGUGUGUACAGCACAUGAACCUUGUACACCUGUAUGGUUAUUGCAUUAUCCCAAAAGGACCACGCUUCCUUGUUUAUGAGUUUGUUCAAAAUGGCUCAUUAGAUCGCUGGAUUUUCUCUCGUGAACACAACAAAAAACAGCUGCCAGGUGGUUGCUUGCCUUGGAAGCUUAGGCAUCAGGUUGCCAUUGACGUGGCCAGGGCUCUCUGCUACCUCCAUAAUGAUUGUCAUUCAAGGAUUUUGCACCUUGAUGUUAAGCCAGAAAAUAUACUUCUUGAUGAUAACUAUCGAGCACUCGUGACAGAUUUUGGGCUUGCAAAGUUGAUGGGUAAAGAGGAAAAUAUGGUUGUUACAAGAAUUCGAGGGACUAGGGGGUACUUGGCCCCCGAGUGGAUCCUAGAGAAAGGAGUUUCUGCAAAGUCUGAUGUUUACAGCUAUGGAAUGUUGCUUCUUGAAAUGAUUGGAGGGCGGAGGAGCGUCGUUAUGUCGUCUGCUGGAGAUUUCAAAGGAAAGUCCACGAAGCCUGAAAUGGAAGUGUGGGAAUAUUUCCCAAAAACUGUCUAUGAGAAAAUGAAAGCAGGGAAGAUUAUGGAAGUGGUUGAUAAAAGACUGUUGGAAGAAGGAACUAUUAUUGAUGAGAAUGAGGUUAGAAGACUGGUCUACAUAGCCCUUUGGUGUAUUCAGGAGAAGGUUAAGAUUAGGCCUAAUACUGGUGAGGUGGUUAAUAUGCUUGAAGGCCGUUUGCCUGUUGAUGAGCCCCCUGAAACAAAAAUGUUCCUCCACGAUCUUUUGUUGAUGAAAUCAGAGAAGAUCCAAGGCUGGAAUAAUACGAAGGCUAAUGCUUUGCAGGUUUCUCAAUUUUCUAACGAUAAAUCUCAAGCAGCUGCUUCAACAUCAUCAAUGUACGAUUGAUAAUUCUGCCUAUCAGUCUAUCACAAUUUUGUCAUAUCAGUAGCUUAGUGAUUGCAUUGGGGUUGGUUACUUAGGUAAAUAUUUCAAUACUUUCUUCUGUUAGAUAUUUCUUUUUUUCCCCCCUCUCCUUGUGUUAUUGUUUAAGAUAUAGCUCUGACUCUCAUUGACAUGAUCUUUGGUAACACUUGUCUCUGGCUGUUGUUCUAUAAUAUCCCAAAACAUUGUAGCUGGCUUAUAACGCUAAUAAUGGAAUUUUUUUUUCAUCCUGAAAAGAGGGAUGAUCCA